GAGGGGCGUGUCUUGACGCUCAAGCCGAAGUUGCGAAUCCAUCGAGGUAAUGAAAUGGUUACAAGUCGUUCAAUCCGGAUAAUUAGACACAAUUACUUUUCAAAAAACAAAAACAACGCAAAAGCAAACCAGUCCGGCUGUGUUUACUGUAACAGAAUGUGCUGCGGAACGAAGACGUGAGUGCGCGCGCUGGAGACGCAGACGCUGGACUGUCAAUGCCCGGAUUCUCUAUUGAUCAUGCUAAUGUAUGGAGAUAUAACUUCUUAAAAUAAGCAGAAAUGUGGUCGGCUCGUUUUCCUCUCUUCUUCUGCCUCGUCUUCAUAACUGUGGUGGUUCAGAGGAGCAGCGGGCAGUCAGUGUGUUCUGGCACUGAUAACAAGCUCAGCACGCUGUCGGAUUUGGACCAGCAGUACAAAACUCUUCGCAAGUUCUAUGAGAACUGUGAGGUGGUCAUGGGUAAUCUGGAGAUCACCAGUAUUGAAAGAAACCGCAAUCUGUCUUUCCUCAAGUCCAUCCGUGAGGUGACGGGUUACGUGUUGGUGGCUCUGAAUCAGUUCGACUAUCUUCCUCUGGAGAACCUGCGGAUAAUCCGAGGCACUAAAUUGUAUGAAGGACGAUACGCCCUGGCCAUCUUUCUCAACUACAGACGAGAUGGCUCCUUCGGCCUCAGACAACUCGGCCUCAAGAACCUGACAGAAAUCCUGAAUGGAGGUGUGUAUGUGGAUCAGAAUAAGUUCCUGUGUCACGCUGACACCGUCCACUGGCAGGACAUCAUCAAGAACCCACGUUCUGAACUUCUGGUUGUGCCCUCAAACAACAGUGGCAACACAUGCAGAAGGUGUCAUCGCUCAUGUAACGGCCGCUGUUGGGGCCCUCAGGAGGAUCAGUGCCAAAGCUUGACAAAGACGGUGUGUGCAGAGCAGUGUGAUGGACGCUGUUUUGGUCCGUACGUCAGUAACUGCUGUCACCGUGAAUGUGCAGGAGGCUGUUUCGGACCCAAAGACACAGACUGCUUCGCUUGUACCAACUUUAAUGACAGCGGGGCCUGUGUGACACAAUGUCCUCAGCCAUUCGUCUACAAUCCAACAACCUUCCAGCUUGAGCACAAUCCCAACGCCAAAUACACCUAUGGAGCUUUCUGUGUCAAGAAAUGCCCACAUAACUUUGUGGUGGAUCACAGCUCUUGUGUCAAAGCCUGCCCGAGCAACAAGAUGGAGGUGGAGGAAAAUCACAUCAAGAUGUGCAUCCCAUGCACUGACAUUUGUCCGAAAAUGUGUGAUGGUAUAGGUACCGGCAAGCUUCAAACGGCUCAAACUGUAGAUUCCAGCAACAUUGAGAUGUUUGUCAAUUGCACCAAGAUCAACGGCAACCUCAUCUUUCUCAUCACAGGCAUUAAAGGAGACAUGUAUCAUGGUAUUGGUGCUCUGGAUCCUGAGCGACUGAAUGUGUUCUGGACCGUCAGAGAGAUCACAGGGUACUUGAACAUCCAGUCUUGGCCAGAGAACAUGACUGAUCUUGGUGUCUUUUCCAACCUUGUCACUAUAGGAGGUAGAACACUUUAUAGUGGUAUUUCUCUGCUGAUCCUGAAGCAGCGCUGGAUCUCUUCGCUCAAGUUCCAGUCUCUGAAAGAGAUCAGCGCUGGUAACGUCUACAUGACCAACAACAGCCAGCUCUGCUUCUACAACACAGUGAACUGGACCAGUCUGUUCCGCACCAGCACCCAGAGAGCUCUGAUCAAGAACAACAGGGACCCCAGAGAGUGUACUCAGCAAAGGAUGGUGUGUGAUCCGUUGUGUUCAGUGGCAGGAUGCUGGGGUCCCGGUCCAGAUCAGUGUCUCUCUUGUAAAUACUUCAGCCGGGGAAAGACAUGUGUGAAAGCCUGUCAUCUCUAUGAUGGAGAUGUUCGCGAGUUUGCCAAUGGAUCAGUGUGUGUGGAGUGUGACAGCCAGUGUGAAAAGGCAGAAGAUAAAACUUUUACCUGUCAUGGACCUGGUCCAGAUCACUGUGUGAAGUGCUUGCAUCUCAAAGAUGGACCCAACUGUGUGGAGAAAUGCCCUGAUGGUCUGCAGGGGGCAAACAGCUUCAUCUUCAAAUAUGCUGAGACCAACAACGAGUGCCAUCCUUGCCACCCCAACUGCACCCAGGGGUGUACUGGACCCCAGAUCCAAGAUUGUAUUGGGAUGCUGGACAGGACUCCUCUGAUUGCAGCUGGGGUGAUUGGGGGGAUGUUUGUGGUCGUAAUUGUGGCCCUCGGAUUUGCUAUCUUUUUCCGACGGAAGAGCAUCAAGAAGAAAAGAGCUUUACGCCGUUUCCUGGAAACAGAGCUGGUGGAGCCUUUAACGCCAAGCGGCACAGCGCCCAACCAGGCACAGUUGCGUAUACUUAAAGAGACAGAGCUUAAGAGGGUCAAGAUCUUGGGAACAGGAGCCUUUGGCACUGUUUACAAGGGAAUCUGGGUUCCAGAAGGAGAAACUGUGAAGAUUCCAGUGGCCAUAAAGAUACUCAAUGAAAGCACAGGACCAAAAGCCAAUGUGGAGUUUAUGGAUGAGGCGCUGAUCAUGGCCAGCAUGGAGCAUCCUCAUCUAGUGCGUCUUUUGGGGGUCUGCUUGAGUCCCACUAUUCAGCUGGUAACUCAGCUCAUGCCCCACGGCUGCCUGCUGGACUACGUACAUGAACACCAGGAGAACAUCGGCUCCCAGCUGCUGCUCAACUGGUGUGUGCAGAUCGCAAAGGGUAUGAUGUAUCUGGAGGAGAGGCGGCUGGUGCACAGGGACCUCGCGGCCCGUAAUGUCCUGGUGAAAUCUCCAAACCACAUUAAGAUCACUGACUUUGGACUUGCUCGACUGCUGAAAACUGAUAAAAAAGAGUACAGUGCGGAUGGAGGCAAGAUGCCCAUUAAGUGGAUGGCCCUUGAGUGCAUUCACUACAGGAAGUUCACACAUCAGAGUGAUGUAUGGAGCUAUGGGGUGACUAUCUGGGAGCUGAUGACGUUUGGAGGAAAGCCCUACGAUGGGAUUCCCACACGUGAAAUUCCAGACAUCUUGGAGAAGGGCGAGCGUUUGCCCCAGCCGCCCAUCUGCACCAUAGACGUCUACAUGGUGAUGGUCAAAUGCUGGAUGAUUGAUGCUGAUAGUCGGCCUCGGUUUAAAGAACUCGCUGCAGAGUUCAGCCGUAUGGCACGUGACCCUCAGAGAUACCUCGUCAUACAGGGGGACGAUCGCAUGAAGCUGCCCAGCCCCAACCACAGUAAGUUCUUCCAGAGUCUUCUAGAUGAGGAGGAGCUGGAUGACCUGAUGGAUGCUGAGGAGUACUUGGUUCCUCAUUCCUUAAAUGCUCCUCCCACUUCCCAUAUGCCACGACCGCACGUAGAUGCAAAUCAAAAAGUUUUUGUGUAUCGUGAUGGAAGUUUGUGCCCUGAAGAGGUGAUAGGAUCCCGACCUCAUGAGGCAGUUGCUACAGGAAGUGGCCCCUCUGUCCCGGCAGGUAUACAAAGAUCAGGUCUGGACCCAGCAGAUGAGCAACACUGCAAUGGAAGCUUAAAGAAACAGCCUACAGCUCACUCAGUAGAGGACAGCAGUGGACAGCGUUACAGCGCAGACCCAACUGUCCUACUAGGAGAGAAAGGACAGAGGGAAGAUACAGAUGAGGAUGGUUAUAUGUCCCCUAUGAAGGACAAGAUCUCCAAAAAUCAUCUGAACCCUGUUGAGGAGAAUCCUUUUGUAACAAGGCGUAAAAAUAAAGACAUUCAUGCGCUAGACAACCUGGGUUACCAUAGCACCCCUGAUGGGAAGCCCAGUUGUGAAGACGAGUAUAUCAAUGAGCCCCUUUAUCUCAACACAUUCAACAACACCAGCGGCAUGAACCAGGAGAUGUUAAGGAAAAAUGGAGUCUCCAUCCCAUUGCAGGUGACGACAGCAGCCCACACUCAAGGCACCCAUGUUCCCCACAUCACACAAUUGGGAAAACCCCAUCAUCACAGCCACGGACCGCACGUUCAUUUCGCCAUACCGCCAGUUCAGCCGGUACACCCUGGACCGAUGAUACAAAAUGAUCAACAUACCCAUUCAGUUCAGUUGGUUCAUGAUCAUGGCAGCAAAUCUGUCCCGCCAGCACAAGCAGGCCAGCUCUGUCUAGUGAGCCAUCAAGUCCAACCAGGGCACCCAAACAAAUCUAAUCGUUCGCCCCAACAGUUUCACUUGGCAAAGUCUGGUAAAGGUGGCACAAUGGGCCUACCGGGUCAUCCGGUGCAACCGGGCACCCAGAUUGGGACCGCAUUAGUGGACAAGAUGUACAAGAAUAGCUUUGACAAUCCUGAAUAUUGGCAGCAAAGCCUUCCGCCCAAGGUUACCCCUCAAAACUCCCAAGACUCUUCGGUGAUCUGCAAUAACAAGUUCCUUUACAAGCAGAAUGGCCACAUUAAGACUGCUGUGGCUGAAAACCCUGAAUAUCUGUCUGGUAUGAAGCCAGGAACAGUCCUGCCUCCUCCUCCAUACCGGCAGAGGAACACUGUGGUCUGACGUCCAGGUCUCCAUGCUCUGUAGAGCCUGGUUCUUCUACCAGCACCUUAAAUGUCUUUCCUCGACCCUCUGUUGGUCAAAAAUGGGACGAGAAACAAUGUAAGCCACUGAACUGACAUUGUCACAUAAAAUAUGGCAUAAAAAGCCAUUGGGGAAAGGUCAAUGCAACCCAUCCAUCCACAAAGACCUCGCCAGUUGUCCAGGAACUUUUUUUUCUCCUCUACAGGUAUUUUAAAGUCUCUCUUUUGGGAUGGCACAUAAUCAGAUGUACUAUCAUCAUUAUUUUAGUAAAAUUAGAUAUUAAGUACACUCUUAAAAAUAAAAAUUCCAAAGUUUCGCAGCAAUGCCAUUGAACUUGGGUGUCCAGUUCUGCUCCUUGAGGGCCAAUAUCUUGAGUUUAGCUCCAGCUAGCUCCAACACACUUGCCUGGUAGUUUUUAGUGAGUCUGAAGACCUUGAUUACUUUGGUUCAGGUGUGCUUAAUUUGGGUUGGAGUUAAAAUCCUGUAGAACAGUGGUCCUCCAGGAUGUUCUGGAUGCCCCGACUAUAGAAGAACCAUUCUGGGUUCCCCAGAGAACCUUUCAGUGAACAGUUCUUAAAAUAACCAUUUUCCUUGGUGAAAAUAAUUUUUCCAUUGUAAAGAACAUUUUGUGCAAUGGAAAGAUUCAAUGGAUGUUACAGGUUCUUACUGGAACCAAAGAGAACCAAUAAAGGAUUUUUUUAUUA